UAAUGUCUGUCAAUGUUGGCAGUUAACAGCUGUAAAAUUAUUCAAAACAAAACUCCCAUUUCCAAAUUGCUGUUUUCUAUUAUUUUUCCUGUUGAAAAAAUACUUUAUAAUGCUUGUUUUGGUGUUAGGAGAUCUGCACAUUCCACACAGAUGCAGCAGUUUACCUGCUAAAUUCAAAAAAUUACUGGUUCCCGGCCGGAUUCAGCACAUUUUAUGUACCGGAAACUUAUGUACCAAAGAGUCUUACGAUUACUUAAAAACUUUAGCUUCUGAUGUACAUGUGGUCAGGGGGGAUUUUGAUGAUAAUUUAAACUAUCCAGAACAAAAAGUGGUUACAGUGGGCCAGUUUAGAAUUGGUUUGUCACAUGGGCACCAAGUGGUGCCUUGGGGAGACCCUGAAGCUUUGGCACUUAUUCAGCGACAGUUAGAUGUGGAUAUUCUGAUCUCAGGGCACACACAUAAAUUUGAGGCCUACGAGCAUGAAAACAAGUUUUACAUUAAUCCAGGUAGUGCAACAGGAAGUUAUAAUGCCUUAGACACGUCAAUAACUCCAUCUUUUGUGCUAAUGGAUAUUCAAAACACUACAGUGGUAACAUAUGUUUACCAGUUAGUAGGAGAUGAUGUCAAAGUGGAAAGGAUAGAAUAUAAGAAAAACUAAUUUAUUGCAUUUCUAUUGAACUUUAUUAAAAUAAGCAUUCAUAUCGUGUGUGCAGAAGAAGACUGUUACAUCUCAAAAUGUGUAACUGUUCAGGAGAGCUACUUAAAGAAUAUUAUUUUAUCAUUAAAUGUUCUUUAUAGUCAAUCACAAAAAUUAUGUUAAAGUAUGGCAUUUAGAUGUUACAUUAAGAUUAUUAUUAUUUAGUUUUUUUAUUUUGGUAAAAACAGGAAUAUGUAACUCUCUUGAAUAUUUUUUUCAAUGAAAUUUAAAAAUAUAGCUAAUGUUUUUUUUUUUAAAGAAUAUACAAUUAAAACUUUCUUUUAUAGUUAAAUAUUUAACAGAUAACAAUCAAACGGUAAGACAUCAAAAUAUCCCCAAAAAUGCUUAUGUAACUCUCUUUUACAGAAAAUAUACACAAAGGUAAGUUUUGUAUCAGUUUAUUAUCUAGUAAAAAAAUAAACAAAUACAAUAUCAAAGCUAAAUUAAAACAUUAAAAAAUUCUUAAGUCACUUUAAAACAUAACUUUGGCUUAGUAUUAACUUCCAACCUAAAUAUAAACAUAGAAUCUAAAAAAAAACAAAUUGCCGCUUAUCAAUUAACUCAAAGUUAAGCAAACACUAACCUAGGUAGAUUUUAUGUUUAAAAAAAUCUAGAGACAACUUAACAGAACAUAAAAAUUAAAAAAAAAACAUAAAAGUCAAAAAGGUUUCUGUUUAUACCUUAGCUAUACAGCUUCUACAAGUUUUGAAAAAAAUCCAAAUAGUACAUUGUCAUACACUUUUUUUUCUCAAUUACAGUGAAACUUCUUUAACUCGAAUCUUCAAGGGACAGACUAAAAAAUUCGACUUAUGGAAAAAUCGACUUACAGAAAAAAACGGCUAAUUAAGGGGUUAUUGUUUAUUAGUACCAAAAAAAGUAUUUUCUUCAUAUAAAACUAAAAUUUUGUAUGUUGUAUGUGUUACAUAAUAUGUAUGCAUAUCAAUAUGUUUAUAAUUUUUUUUUAAAGAAGUCAGUUAUUUUUUUUUUGUAUGAAAUUGGUCCAUUUUUCCUUAUCUAUAAAAUCUUCUAAUAAAUUUAAAGAAUUGUGUAUUUCAUAUGGAAUAUUUUCUCUGGAUAAAAUAAAACAUCUUAUCUUUUCAAUAGCAGAAAUCGUCUCGUCAAUUGUAGGUGUCGGAACAGUCUCACCUUCGCUUUGGCCAUCAUCUUCAUUUCCUUCAGGGUCUGAAACAAUACAAAACAAUUCUUACAAUCUAAAAAGGCAUAAUCUAGCCUACCUUUUUUAUUUGGAACAAGAUUUUCUAUUAUGCUUUCUAGGAUCUCUUUAUCAGUUGGAAAACCUGUUGUUUGUACAUUAUCAUCAAUUGUCACAUAGUCUUCAAAUGAAACAUCACUCAUGUUUAUAGCCCUUCUGUAUGAGGUCCACAGGGUUUUUAAUUCAGAUAAUGGAACAAGGUCAUCCUCGUCUCAGUUAUCAGCAUCUUGUUGAACUUUAUCUUUAACAAAUCCUGCUUUUCUAAAGCAAUUAGCAAUGGUUUGUUCUUUUACGUCCAGAGUCCACGUUUUAUUAAGAUCUUGAAUUGCGUCAAGUAACGUCACAGUUGUAGGAGUUGCCACUUCCAUAUGGGCUAAAACUUUCAUAACAAUCCGCUUCCUAUAAUGUUGCUUCAAAUUUUUUAUAAUUCCUUGAUCCAUGGGUUGUAAGAUUGACGUAAGGUUAGGCGGAAAAUAUUCAAGUUUAAUAUUUUUUAACUUAGAUUCAACAGACUUGGGAUGUGCAGGACAAUUAUCAACGAAUAGUAAAACUUUUCUUCUUUGGGCUGCAAAUUUCUUAUCAAGCUUUAAUAGCCAUUUUUCAUAAAUCUCACUUGUCAUCCAUGCUUUUUUAUUAAACUCAUAGUCCACUGCAAAUGAUUUAAUGCCCUUAAAACAACGUGGAUUCUUUGACUUACCAAUGAUUAGCAACCUAAGCUUUUUAGUCCCACUCAUAUUACUUCCAACCAUAACUGUAAUUUCGUUCCUUGCUGUUUUUGCCACCAUGGCAUUUUUGUCCUUUAAAUGCUAGUGUUUUGUUGGGUAAACAUUUAAAGAAAACUCCUGUUUCAUCAGCAUUAAAAAUGUCAUCCUUAUCAUAUUGACCGAUCAGAGUGGGCAAUACAUUCUUUUGCCAUUCUUCACAAGACGCCAAAUCUGCAGAAGCACUUUCACCACAUAAAGACAUUUGAACGAUGUUAUGCCUAGUUUUAAACUUAUCUAACCAUCCUAUGCUAGCUGCAAAAUCGUCCCGCCCCAAAGCAGUUGCAAACUCCUUAGCUUUUUCUCUUAUAAGAGUUCCAGAUAGAGGGAGAUUUUUAUUUCGUGCCGUAGUAACCCACUUAAGCAUUGCUUCAUCAAUAUCUUCAUUCACACAAGGUGUAAGCCUUCUCCUCUUACAGUUUGAAGCGUAAUCAUCUUUUUUCUCUAAAAGUCUAUCCUUGUUUUUUAGGAUCGUUGACAGAGUAUUGGGUGGUAUCCCAAACUGUUCGGCAAUAUCCUUCUUUUUCUUUUCACCUUUUUCCACUUCAGCAAUUAAUUUCAAUUUCUCACAUAAUGGUAAGCACUUUAAAUUUCUCUUAGCCAUAAUUAUUUUUAAUAAAAACACAUUGUCUUAAUUCGCAUACGCACCAAAAAACUAUAACCACAAAACCGCCACGUCGCGAUGAGAGCCUUUUUCCGUUUGAACUAACAAAAAGAAAAAUGAUACAAUAGCAAAUCCAUGUAACAAACAGAUUUUUUCCUAGAAAAAUGUCUGUACUUUCCCGCAAAAUUCGAGUUAGCCAUCGGCAAUGCGUUAAACGUUAUUUCGACUUAUAGAAAAAUUCGAGAUAGAGAAAUUCGACUUAUAGAGAUAAAAUAUCAUAUAAACUUGAUGAUACCUUUUUUGGUAGUAUAAAAUAUUCGAAUUAGGGAAUAUUUCGAGAUAAAGAAGCUCGAAUUAGAGGAGUUUUAUUGUAGGCCUAAUAAUCCUUUUUUCUUGGCAUCAGAAAUUCCUGGUUUUCUAGAAUAUGCGUUUUGCAGUUUAAUGUUAUCAAAAUUUAUGAUUUUCCUUUCACUUAUCGUAUAUCGUUUCACUUUCCGUAUAAUUUUUAAAUCAUUAAACCUAACAUUUUGGGGAUUUGCAAACAGAUCGGCAGAAAGUUUUUUUAUAUCAAGCAUGUCCUUAAAACAAAGUUCAUUAACCUUAUAAGAUUUUUUUGUUUUUUUAGCAUUUCUUAUACUUAUGUAUUGUUCGGGUACAUAAAUAGGGUUGGCUUUUUUAAAUUUUGUAAUUUCUGACUCAAUUCUAGCAUGAACACUAUCACCUUCACUUUGACUGUGUCCCUUAAUUAAAAAUUUAUGUCUUAUGGAAUUAAUAUUCAAUUUAUUUACUGCAAAGAUGUAAAGAGCUAAAAUAAAUUUGUUUUUAUUUUGUCCCGGACAAUUAUCCGAGUAAAAUAUUACAUCUAGAUUUUCUGAGUGUUCUUGAGUUAAGCCUUCUAAAUAUUUCAAAAUGCAAGUCCCAAUAUCAUUGGCUCCUCUUAAGCAUUGGCCUUCAUGCCAUACAUAACAAGUACCUUCGGUUUCUUUUAUAUCAAAAAUGGUCAAAUUGAAUACAUUUAGUUUAGAAACAUAGUAAAAAGAAUUUGCUUGUCCCGUUGGACAUGGUAAAACUUUUUAGAGAUCGUACACUAACACUUUUACAUUACCGUCCAUAUUCUGCUUCUCUAAUCUGCUUAGCUCUUUCUCUUGUAUAUCCCGAUUAUACUUUUCUUCUAAUAUCUUCCUUUCUUCAUCUGUUGCAUUUUGAUAUUCAAUACAGAGCUCGGCACUGAUCUUUUUUUGGCAAAUGGAAUGCAAUAUUAUAUUCUUCAUUAAAUAUUUUGCUAUAAAGCUGGUAGUUUCCAAAAUCUUGAUUUUUUCUUUGCUCAGACUUACAUAGUCCCUGUGAAUAUCCAUUAAACUUUUUCCUCCUUCUAUAUACUCUUUGGUUGUUCUGCUUCGACAGUAAUGACUGUCAAUUCUAGGUAUUGAAUUAAUAUGGUUUCUUAUUUGGGUUUUAAUUUCAUCGCUUAUCUUUUUAUGAUUUUGGUGCCUCCCUCUUUUGUCUGUCUCAAUCACUGUCCCACUUUUGCAGCUUUUUUGUUUUUUUAGUACCGUCUGAAUUGUUCUGUUGUUUAUGGCUAACGUUGCCAUAAAAAAUUUUUUACAAACACGUACCUUUGUGCUUGAUAUAAAAUGGAAUGCAUUAUUCGGGUUUCUAGGCUGUUCAGUAUUGCUAUACUUAUAUUUUGGAUUUAUUGACGUCAUGUUAGAUAAAAUGUAUUUUCGUUGCUUAUUAAUAUCUCCGAGACUAUAAUAUUCAUUAAAAAUAUGUAAUCGUUGUUCCUCCAAAAUUUUAAUAUAGCAUUUCAAACGACAUUUCUCAUUGCAAGGUAACUGAAUGGAUUUUUGCGGAUGUUCUCUUUGCAUUUUAAUUUUUGUUCCAUCUUCAUUUUUUUUUAUUUGUGUGGAAACUUAAGCUUUUCCUGUAUUCCUUAAUAUUUUUGUUUGAUUUUUUUUUCCAUAAUAAUACAUUUUUCUUUUGCCCAUUUGUUUUAUUUCAGUCUCAUUUAUAAGUUUUCGUUUUUUUGGUUGAUGGAUAUUCUCUUCUUCCGAUGUAUCAGAAUUAUUUGGCGAGUUUGUAUUCUCGUAUAAUGAAUCCUUUACACUAUCAUCUGAUCCAAAUGGAUCAUGUUCCUCAUCAGAUUCUGAUGAAGAUGAUGUCGAUGAUGAGUCAGAUGAAUUCGAUGAUGAACUGCUUGAAGAGGUUGACGAGCGUCGCACUGAGGUUCCUAAAAGAAAUAAUUAAAACCAAAAUAUUUAAUCUUUAUUUUUUUACCUUGGAAAAACGUAUUAGUUUUGAUUUUGAGUGCCAACAUCACUACUAUCCUGGUUCUGAAUUUCUUUAAAAUGAAAAUCUAUAUUUUCUAAGAAUUUGGAAAUAGUAAAAUUUAGUUUUAUAGUUAUUAAGUAUUUGCAUAUUCUAUACCUUCAAAAUCAGUUGCUGUGAUUGUAUCUUCUUCUGAAAUAUUUGAUAUGAUUGUUUUAUCUUGAUAAACACACGAUGAUGAACUGCUCGCAGAUGGUAUUGAUAAGCAGGACAGUAAAGAUUCUAGAAGAUAAAUUAAAUAGAAACACCUAUAUAGUCUAAAUUAAUUUUUUUUUUUUGUUACCUUGCAAGGGAACAGAUUUUUAAAAAGAGCUGAACUGCUGACCCUGUUUAUAGAUUUGUGAUGUUUCUUCAGAUUGACAGUUUUCUUUUUCUUAAAAAUAGAAAUUUAUCUAAUUAAGCUUUACGGCUAUUGCCUAUUUACUAUUCUACCUUCGAAGUCCGCCGAUAUGAGCUGAUUUUCUUUUGAAGUAUUUGUUGUAUUUCAUCUUCUUGAAUAUUUGUUACCAUUUUUAAAAUGCGCAAGCUUCGAUUUUCAUACGUUCCAGUCAUUUUAAUCUGCAAAUAAAUUACAACAUAAAUUAUUUUUAUAGGGGUAAACAAAAACGCGAAAAACAGUAUUCAGACAGCACGAAUACGUGCUAAAAAGAUGUAUACUACAACUGUAUACUAUACACUGCAAUGACGUAUUAUUAUCGAACGUAUUUAAUUAAGAUUUGCUUAAGCUGAUCGCAAUGUUACGUCAUAGCAAACACUAAGGAUGUGACGUAACUGUUUCAACGAUCCAAUUAAAUAAUAUACCUUACUUACAAACAUGCAGUAUAUUUUCUUAAUUGAGGCAAAGGGUUUUGCGUAAAAGAAUUUAAACUCAUUUGAUGGAUUAACAAAGACAAAAAACUUCGAAACCGCCUAAAGAUAUACAUAACAACGCCGUAAGCUGUUAUGUUUGAGUAGCAGAAAUAGUAAAAUCUUGUAAAAAAAGUAACAAUUGAAAAAUUAUCCCUUUUAUUUCACUUUGUAUGUUAUUUUGGCUAUU